AUGGCGUCCUGGGCCUGCCCCAGGCCCCUCACAGCCUCGGUCACGCGCGGCGCGUUCCAGUGCGCCGGGCUGCCGCUGCCGCCCUCCUUCCGCGUGUCCUGGUCGUCCGGCAGGCGCCUGAGGCGCGGCGGGCGGUCCAGGCGCCGCGAUCGCGAGCAUCGGCGCGCAUGCGCCAGGAUGGCCGCCGACGGGGUGCCAGAGCCUCUUCUGGUGCGCGCAGCGCGCGGGGAACCCGUUGAACGACCACCCUGCUGGAUGAUGAGGCAAGCAGGAAGAUACCAAAAGGCCUUUCGCGAUCUUGCAAAACAAUAUCCAUCAUUCCGGCAAAGAUCGGAGACUACAGACUUGAUAGUCGAGAUAACACUACAGCCAUUUGAAGCUUACAAACCUGACGGGGUCAUCCUUUUCAGUGACAUUCUCACACCCCUGCCAGCGAUGGGCAUCCCAUUCGAGAUCGACGACAAGAAGGGGCCCAUCAUCAGCGAUCCAAUUACCUCCAAGGACCAGCUGUCCAAAAUGUAUCCCCUCAGGCUCGACGAGCUGCAGUUUGUUGGGGACAGUCUAAGGCAACUACGGCAGCGAGUGGGCGAUCAGGCAGCGAUCUUGGGGUUUGUUGGCUCGCCAUGGACAUUGUCCACAUAUGUCGUUGAGGGUGGGACCUCAGCUGUGUAUAGCGUUAUCAAAUCCAUGAUGCACAAUGCACCGGAUGUGCUGGAGGCUCUGUUGUCCUUUCUGACGGACCAAAUUGCAGAGUACAUUGUUUACCAGAUUGAGAAUGGCGCCCAUGUUGUUCAAAUAUUUGACUCGUGGGGUGGACAACUCACACCCAAGGAUUGGGAUAGGUGGUCACGGCCAUAUAUCGAACGCAUGAUUGAGGUUGCAAAGUCGAGACACCCCACAGUUCCUUUGGCCCUGUAUGCAAAUGGGAGUGGGGGUCUCCUUGAGCGGAUGAAGUCAACUGGAGCUGAUGUCAUCGGCUUGGACUGGACAGUGGACAUGGCAGAUGCACGGCAAAGAUUGGGCCCCGAUGUCCCUGUUCAGGGGAAUGUUGACCCUGCGCUGCUGUUUGCUGGAGAGGAGGCCAUCGAAGAAGGCGUGAGGGACUGUGUGGCCAAAGCAGGCCCAACGGUGUGCUACUGUCAGGAGCCAAUCCUGCUGGGAGCAUUGCUCCGUGCUUGUGUUUCAUGA